UUCCGCCCCACCCGUAAGAGUUGAGGUUUGACCGGAGCAAGAGAGGAUCCCAUCCAGGGUUCCAGUUUUCCGUGGCUCCUCCUCCUGUUGCUGCAGGUGUUAUUCCUGGGACUCAGAUGGACCACACAGCCCCGACCUACAUGCUUGCUAACUUAACCCACUUACAUUCUGAACAACUUCUGCAGGGAUUGAAUCUUCUUCGCCAGCAUCACGAACUCUGUGACAUCAUUCUUCGAGUAGGUGAUGUUAAAAUUCAUGCUCAUAAAGUGGUUCUUGCCAGCAUCAGCCCAUACUUCAAAGCAAUGUUCACUGGAAACCUUUCUGAGAAAGAGAACAGCGAGGUUGAGUUUCAGUGCAUUGAUGAAGCUGCGCUGCAGGCCAUUGUGGAGUAUGCAUAUACAGGCACGGUUUUCAUUUCUCAGGAUACAGUGGAAUCUCUCCUGCCAGCAGCAAACCUACUCCAGAUAAAACUUGUCCUUAAAGAAUGUUGUGCAUUUCUUGAAAGCCAACUUGACCCUGGUAAUUGUAUUGGAAUUUCCCGUUUUGCAGAAACUUAUGGUUGUCAUGACCUUUAUUUGGCCGCUACUAAAUUCAUAUGCCAGAAUUUUGAAUCUGUUUGCCAGACAGAAGAGUUUUUUGAGCUUACCCAUGCUGAUUUGGAUGAAAUUGUCUCCAAUGACUGCUUGAAUGUAGCUACUGAAGAGACAGUUUUUUAUGCAUUAGAAUCUUGGAUCAAGUAUGAUGUACAAGAACGCCAGAAAUACUUAGCGCAGCUGCUGAACAGUGUCCGAUUACCGUUGCUGAGUGUUAAGUUCCUUACUAGGCUCUAUGAAGCGAACCAUCUUAUCCGUGAUGAUCGUACUUGUAAACAUCUCUUGAAUGAAGCCCUAAAGUACCACUUCAUGCCUGAACAUAGACUCUCUCACCAGACAGUCUUGAUGACACGACCUCGCUGUGCUCCCAAAGUAUUGUGCGCAGUAGGAGGAAAAUCUGGACUCUUUGCCUGUUUGGAUAGUGUGGAGAUGUACUUUCCCCAGAAUGACUCUUGGAUUGGUCUGGCGCCCUUAAAUAUUCCUCGCUAUGAAUUCGGAAUAUGUGUUUUAGACCAAAAAGUCUUUGUUAUAGGUGGUAUUGAAACUAGCGUACGUCCUGGUGUUGCUGUCAGAAAACAUGAAAAAUCAGUGGAAUGUUGGAAUCCUGAUACAAAUACCUGGACUUCUCUGGAGAGAAUGAACGAGAGUCGAAGCACUCUCGGAGUAGCAGUACUUGCGGGAGAAGUUUACGCUUUAGGUGGAUAUGAUGGACAGUCUUACUUGCAAUCGGUAGAAAAAUACAUCCCCAAAAUACGGCAGUGGCAACCUGUGGCCCCAAUGACAACCACCAGAAGUUGUUUUGCUGCAGCUGUCCUGGAUGGAAUGAUAUAUGCCAUUGGAGGGUACGGCCCCGCCCACAUGAACAGUGUGGAGCGUUAUGAUCCAAGUAAGGACUCCUGGGAGAUGGUUGCGUCCAUGGCUGAUAAGAGGAUUCACUUUGGCGUUGGAGUUAUGCUAGGUUUUAUUUUCGUGGUAGGUGGGCAUAACGGUGUCUCACAUUUGUCAAGCAUUGAAAGAUAUGACCCUCAUCAAAAUCAGUGGACAGUGUGUAGACCAAUGAAAGAGCCCAGGACAGGAGUUGGUGCUGCAGCAGUUGAUAACUACCUUUAUGUGGUCGGUGGUCACUCAGGGUCUUCCUAUCUGAACACAGUACAGAAGUACGACCCUAUCUCAGAUACAUGGCUGGAUUCAGCAGGCAUGAUAUACUGUCGCUGCAAUUUUGGAUUAACUGCACUUUGACAAGUGUGAACUUUUGGAAAUCGCACAAGGUGGUACCAUAGGAAAGAAUGCCCAGGGUCCUGAACCUGAAAGCUAGCUGCACUGCUUUCUCUGUAACUUGAAGUGGCAUGAAGACUCAGUUUUGUUGGGUACUUUGAACUGACUAAUAAUUUGCUCUUGAUUAUACAGUGAACCAAUAAUUAAACAAGGGAAACAAAAAGGAAAGACUUAAGCAAUUGAAUCGUGCACUUUUCUCCACUAAGACUGCAAAAGUUUUUAUGUUCCUACAUGUAGAGAAACCUUGCUGCUUUUUAAUUUUGUUUUCAAUAAUUUAAACUCUUCUUUCUUGGUCUGUAUUUGAUUUACUAGGAUAAAAGAAGUUCAGACUCUGGAGUGUAUGAUUGGCUGGACAAAAUGUGGGUAGUGAUUGUUGGAUGUAAAUUCAUAUGCUUCAUGUGGUUUGUUUGUUUGCUUGUUUGUUUGUUUGUUUGUUUUUUAAAAAAAGGGCUGCAUUCACUUCGGAUACUUUUAAGGAUUUGUAAAUAACAUCUGAGUGCUCUUUCUGCUAAAUGAUUUUAGGGCUAAUAGUAUGGUAAGGUUGAAAAACAGUGUUUAGUAUCAUAUUUGGGGCCCUGCUUUAAGAUUGCAUAUUUAUUGUUUAUGCUUUUUUUAUAUGGGCUGGUUGAACUUUGUUACUCAUCUGUGCUUUGGUAAGCAGGGAUAGGAAACUAAUCAUAUUUGUUUCUGUUCUUUAGUGCUGCACAGCAGGCUUCUGAUAUUGAAGUAAAUAUAUUUGAAAGGUGUUUAGUACCACCCUUGAUGCAUAGUGUUUUCUUUGAUAGAUUCUUAAUUUUAAUGUUUUUUUAAGGUCUUAAUUUUGUUUUCAGUAUUCAAAUAUAAAAAUGGUGCUAACUGUCAGAUGUAUAACAAAGCUAUAACCGGUGUUAUUUGGGUGUCCAAUGUGAGAUGCAUGAUGAACUGUGAUAAUUGCUUUCAUUUUUCCUGUUUGAUUCGUUUGUGCUUAUAGAAAAUGUCAAUGAUUACAUUAGUGUUAACAUCCAGAACCAUCUGAAUGGCUUGAGUUAUAUUUCCCAUGGUUUUUGAAUGGUGACUUAGAGAUGAUGCUUUUUUUCCCUUCCUUGUUCUAGAGAUUACAUGUCCUUCAGCACAGAGAUUUAUGCACCAAACACAGCGUGCUAGGCAGGUGUGCAUGUCUUCAUUCAUUUCUUAGGUAACUGAAUACUUUUAACUUAUUGAGGAAAACUGGAACUUGAUGUUUACUUGAAUAAAUGGUUCUAAAUUUGGUUCUGCUUUGUUUAAAGAAACUGUCUCUCAAAGCAAAACUGUUUGUUACAGCAGCUGACAGCUUAUUUAAAAGAAAUAGUUAACUUAUUUUCGCAUGGUUUAGCAAAUAUCUGUUAGUCUUAAAUACAUUAACUUGCAGUUUAUUAUGACGUUGGUACUUGCAUUUUCGUAUUUAGUAAUUUUGCUUUCAUGUUCUUUAUGUUUUUUUUUCUUUUUUACCCACCUAUUCCUUCUCUUUAUACUGUCUACAAGAUCACUGAAUAUUUUUUCCUAAAAAACUCAUCCUGCAUUCUUAAGUGCCAUAUUAUUGUAACUGUUGUUAAGAAGCCAUUUGUAAUAUAAAGCCUAGCUUUACCUGUUAGCAUACAUGUUAUGACUUCAAAACUAUAGCUGGGCAACUUGUAGUUUUUCUUGUUCUUCCAUAAAUUACCAGUUGUAGAUUUGAGAAUAUACUAUGAAACUAUGUAAAAUCAUCUUUAGUCAUAAAAUAACACCAUGCUUUAUAAAUAUUUGCACAGAUUAUUAAGCCUUUCAAGUAAUUUUUAGUCUCUUUUAAUCUAGCACUUAACAGGAGCUAAGAAAAUCAACUGAGUAUUUUCUACAUCACUUGUCUGAGUAUCACAAUGACAUAUAGCAAUAACUUUUUCACUAAUUUGAAUACAUCUGUUGAAUAGGAAUGAGGUACACUGUGUGGUUGGCCUGAACCUUUUUAAGGAAAACAAAUUUAACUUAGAUCCCAGCAUUUACUUUUAAAUCCCCAAUUUAGUUGUUUUGUUUAUAUCAAAUUAUUAAUGUAUUCUGUUACACUAACUUUAAUAUCUUCCUCACAACAGCGAAGUGAAUUUGAAAGACUAGAAAGUUAUUUUAAAUAUAAACAUAUUUAUUCUAAUUAUUCUGUUUUAAUAGUGGUUUACCCGUGUAUUGUUUCUGGUAUGCAAUUUACUUAUAAUCUGUAGCCAUUUGGUAAAUUAGAUCAAAAAGUAUGUACUGUUUUUUUUUUAUUUAAAUAUUUUAUCUGGCUUAAAAACUAAAUGCAAAACAUUUUGGGCAACAAUAGGAUCAUGUUCCUGUGAACGAAGUAUAAAAACAUACAAUCCAAAAAAAAAAAAGCACUUAAAACUUAGAAAUAUACUUAUUUUAAAAAUCCUAUUGAUCAUAAUACCCAGAGCUACUAUAUGGCCUGAAACCUGGUAAGUUUACAACAUAUCUGAGAAGUUUCGUAUGAACACUGUGCUGAUAAGUUGUGAAUUUAAAUUUCCAUGUUUCUUAUACUAAAAAGGAUAAAAUGUUACAUUGUAAAUCCCCAGUUUUAAUGUUUUUAGAAAUAUACAUAAUAUAUUAUAUAUCAAUAUAUAGGAUAUAUAUGAUUAUGUCAUAUAUAUAUAUAUAUAUAUAUAUACACACACACACAUAUAUAUGUGUGUAUAUUCAAGCAAAAUCUUGAAAGCAAUUUAAGACUGCACAGAAAUAUCUUGGGAAAGAGAUAGGGGAAAUAGAAAUCUGGUCACUUGCAAUGUCACUUGUCUUCUAUAAUUAUGUCAAAGAAUGUAUGCAGCAUUUGGGUAUUUAAUAUUUGGUAUGUAGUAAUUGAACUUAAUUGAUUUUUUUAAAAGUAAACCCAAAGGAUAUUUGCAAAUUUCAUGUUUUUGCUAAUAUUAUUUUAAAUGUGAAUGAAUAUUAAAUUAUAAGUAUUAGUAUCAAAUGAAAGAAAAAUGGCUGUUGGUAUUGAAAGUUUUUUAUAGUUUGACAUAUGUGAGGACUCUACUACAUACAUGUGAGACCCCGUGUCAGAUGCUGAGGUAGCGGUCUAUUGAAUGUAAAUAGGAGUCACCCUCUCUCAGAAGAGUAAUGAUUAUUAUGAAAAUCUAUAGCCUUGUUCCUUACUUCUGAGGUCAUAGGAAGGAACUUGAAACUUAAAUAAAUACUUAGUGUUCAGGUUGGUUUUAAAGAUACAAGCAAAACUUAUGAAAAUCAUGAUGUUUAUAGAAUCCAUGUGGGGUCAGGAGCCUUGGCGCAGAGGUAAGACCACCUGCUGCUCUUACUGAAGACCUCGGUUGGUGUCCAGUACCCAGAGGAGCACGGUGUCCCUCCCACAGCUCCAGCUCCAGGGCUCCGAGGCCCUUUCCAGCUUGCUGGGACCACCCUCCCCCCACACACACACAUAUACACACAAAUAAAAAGAAAUCUUCUCUUAAACAAAGAUUUCCAUGUUUCUUGGAAUUCGAUUGAUUAUUUUCUAAAGGAAAAGCAAAACUAGGAAAAAAUACACCCAAAACCUAUGUUGUAGAACACCAUGGCUCUGGAGAACGUUGAGGACAAUACAUGUAUGUAUCAUGCAGUAUUUAGUUUCAGUUGUAGUGUUGGAUUCCUGGUAUUGUCACCAAAGUGCUCAUUUUUAGGAAAAUCAGAUUCUAUAAUAAAGUUACUGCUUAAAGUUUAAUAAAUUUAUGAUGGCCUCUAUAAACCUUCUGUUCAGAAAGUUACACAACUGUGUGACAUGUCAGGUUAAUAUCCUUGUCUGCUACGUAACCCUUUCUUUCCUGUGGUAAAAAGAACUCUAAUUAGAUGAGAUAUAGUUAGGUAACAAUUCUAUGGGGAAUAUUUAUUGGCUCUUCACUUCCAAUAUACUGAAUUCAAUGUUGAUAUUCACAUUUAGAAAAUAAGUUUAAUACAUUUUAAAUAGAAGUUUACAAAUAUUACUAGUGUGAAUAUGGUAAAAUAAAAAUCCAGUUUACAUCUCUGCAGAGAGAAAAAUUGUCACACUCUUUUACAUAUCCACAUGUCUUCUACAUUUAAUUUUGUCAAGAUAUCAUGUGUAAAGUCCCACUCAUUUUAAAAUAUGAAGCAAAAAGUUCCAAGUUUGCCUUAAUAUACAUGUGAAGUUAAAGUACUGGAUGAUAAUGUUUAUAUCUUUGCCUUAUGAAUUGUGCCGUGUCAUGAACCAGAGAUGGCUGUGAUUUUCACAGGACUCUGAAGCAUUGUCAAUGUGGAGUACCAGUGAGUGUCCCUGUUGCAAAUACUGUGCUUGGUUGUUGAUAAGGUUCAUGUCUAAAUGCUUUUGUACCUGUAUUUACCUCUGAAUAGAUACUUUUUAGCAUCAGGGUUUUAUUUUAUCUGUGUUUACAUAGUAAAGUGGCAUUUAACUUGUUGAAGAUUGUAUUCUUUUUUUUUUUAAGAGUUUUGUGCACAUUAUUGUGGUAAUGCUCUGUAAUGGUUAUAGUUAUAUUUCAUUUAAUGUGAAGAGUUUAAAAUAAAACUGAAAAAUGCAAA